GCUUCCCUGAGUGCAUGUUGCAAACAUUAGUAGUGAUCAAUUGUGUGAAUUCAAACUGCAAAGUGUCAUGCAGCUAUAGACCUAGUCCUUAGAAAAGUUUACUUAGAAAGAUUGCUACAUACAUACAUACAUAGUGCUAGUAAGAGCUUGUAUAUGAAAGUAAAACAGCUGGGAAGUUUCCAUAACUGCAGUAUUUUUGUGUUGCAAGAGUAACUAACAGUGGAUUGUAAUCGUGUUGCUAGCUGCUAUGAAUUUAGCAAGGGAGAUUCAAUCAUUUCUGGCCAGGAAACAGAUGGCUACUUCUGAGAAGGCAAUUGUGGAGCCUUCUGUAGUACAGACUGCUGCAGAAGCUCAUGUCGAAGCCAUCAAAUGUUUUAUGCUUGAAAAAGAUGAGCAGAAGAUCCAAAAUCCAUUACCGUGUGGUAGAGACUCAGUGACUGUCCGUGUCUCCAAGAAGAACACACUGUAUUUGAAGAAUAGACUUGAGUUUUCUAUGACUGGACCUGCUGAGGCAAAAGUGAGAGCAAGUGAGGAGUGCAAAGGAGUCGAAAGAUGUGAAAUCACUGCUUCUAAACCUGGAAAGUACCAACUUGACGUCUUGUGGAAUGGAUCACACAUUAGAGGGAGUCCGUUUUCAUUGCUUUUUAAGUUCCCAAGAACACAGAUUUAUAGUAAUGGACUGAAUUUGCAAAGUACUCGAUAUCGACUGGGAAUUGCUCACAAGUUCAAGUUAGACUGCUCCGAUUUGGAAGAAGGAAACCUCAUUUUCAGUGUGUCUCCACCUACUGCUGCAAGGAUUGAAAUAGCCACUCCGCCAGGCCACCCUCAAACCUACUUGUGCAAAAUAGUUCCCUUGGAGACUGGAAAACAUGAACUUUCUCUCAUUUAUUCUGGCAAACAUAUCUAUGGCAGCCCGUUCAGUGCCGAGUUUGGUUACCCUGGUGAUGCAUCAAAAUGUACGCUCUCUACCUCCACCCCACAACACAGAUUAGGCACUAAAGUAGUACUGCAAGUUGACACAAUUGAAGCUGGUUUUGGUCAACUGAAAGCUGGAGUAAGAGACACUGCUAGUAACAAACCGGUCGAUUUGGUUGUCUCAAGAACACGUAAACAUCAAUAUAUGCUAGAAUUCAAUCCUGGUUUGAGUUUGGAAUGUGUACUGGCAGUUAAAUAUGACAAUGUCCACAUCACUGGUUCCCCAUUCAGAUUGCAAUUCAAUGAGCUAGCCGACUGUACAGCUGAGGGUCUAGGUUUGGAAUCGGCACAAGCUGGAGCAUGGAAUUUAUUCAGUGUGAAAGCAGAGAAAAGCUGUAAGCAUCAAGGAGUAUUGAAGGUCGAUAUUCACGAUAUCAACAACAAGAGAGUCGAAACAGUGGUUUCUUCGCGAUCCCCACUCCAUUUUGACGUUAGUUACUACCCCAAGACGCCUGGUGUGUACACAAUUUCUAUACAAUGGGGGGAGGCACGAGCUCCUGGAUCACCAUUUCAGGUAGCCUGCACCUCACCGUCAUUGGCAGUGGCUGAUCGCCCCACAGGAGAUGUCACUCUUGGCGAUACGAUAUGCUUUAAAGUCAAGCCUCUAGGUUGUGUACAAGGGAAGGGAGCUCUGAAGAUCAGUGCUCGAGACAGUGCUGGGAAGGAGACACUUGGACAUGCACUGUGGGACUCUAGCAAUGAUUGUUAUUGCUGUGUCCUAAAACCUGAGAAAACUGGCAAGUAUCCCGUUAGUAUCAAGUUCAGAGACACGCACAUCGUGGGUAGUCCGUUUGUCACCACAAUUAUCGAUCCGGUCGCCACCCCUCAACUAGUGCGAGCAUGGGGCCCCGGCCUAGUAGGAACCACUCUGAACAGAGAGGGGGACUUCACUGUGGACGUGAGCAGGGCUGGGUUCGGUUUACUCUCUGUCAGUAUCAAUGGCAACCAAGAUUUGUUCGAUAUCACUACUACAAAGAAUUCCUCAACCGGACUGAUACAUGUUACAUAUCGUAGUCGUUUGGCUGGGUCCUACCUAAUGAAUGUGAAGUGGUCUGAUAGACCCAUACCUCUGAGUCCAUUCAACAUCAGUGUUUCGAAGAGCAAGAGAGGAGAGGAUGAAGUGAACACACUGGACAAGGCACACGAUAUCUUCCUGGAGAAUGUGACAAAUGUGGGUAUCAAUGGGAGCUGGUUGCAGGUGUGGAGAAGCAGUGGAAGGUUUAAGCAUAAACACUUGAAAGGACAGACAGUAGAACUGUAGAAGAGGCAAUCGUGCACUUAUUGUUAAUGUUUAUGUUAUGUGUGUGUCAUUUCACAAGAUUAUUUAUUGAUUCUUCUAUAUUAAAAAUUAAAAAGCAACAU